CUUCUUCCUCGCUCUCUCUCUCUCCUCAACGAGGAGAGAGAGAGAGAGAGAGACAGAGAGGAGAGGAGAGUAGAACCGGAUCUCAAAGAUGGGUCUUCGCCUCGCCCUCCUCUACUUCGUUCUCUUCGUGUUCCUCCUCGGAUUCGCCGAAUCUGAUGAUAUGAGUACUCAGCUUCUCAAAGGCAUCAACGACUACCGGGCCGGACUCAACCUCUCGUCGCUAACCGAGAACUCCAAUGCGGCAUGCCUAGCCGAGCAGCUGGCGAAGCAAUUCAAAGGCCAGGAGUGCAGCAACACCACGGGAUCCGACACGGUCCCCGGCACGGAGGAGCAGUUCCCCAACUACAUGGACUUCCUGAACCACUGCCACCUCAACGCGACCGUCACCCAGGACGCCGAAGUGAUGCCCGCCUGCGUCCCGGGCCUCACCCCGGAUCUCGUCCUCACCAACUUCACCAAGUCCCAGUACAACGAGUAUCUCAACGACACGAAAUACGCGGGGGUCGGGAUCGCCGACGAAGGUAAUUGGGUGGUUGUAGUGCUCAGUACUGACACACCCACAGGGAACUUUUCGCCGGCUUCUGGGUCCAGCUGGGCUGCUGCAAUCUCUCCUUGCCACCAGCUUCUGCUGUUGUUGCUGGGUUGCUUGUUUCUUCUGAUGAUAUGAAAGAGUUGCUUUUAUAUAUCUAGUUGGCUUCAUCUUCUCAGUAUCAUUCAUUUGUGCAUUACUACAGUUUCAAACUAGGUUUCGACGGCAAAAUAUGGUCUUUUAUUAGAUGAGGAUUUGGAUUGUUUUACACCAUUUAUCUUCAUUGGUUUGUAUCAUUUACAACAGUUAGAUAAUUCUAUCCAUGCCUUGUAUCAGUUGCUCUUUCAUAUGAAUGUGUGUUGAUUCAUGUGCAUUGCUUGGUUUUAAGGUGAAUUUUUUUUA